CAGUUCCAACAUAUAAACCUAGAUGGCUCAGAUAGGCAUGGUGUACUUCAGUUUCUGUGUGGGGAUGAUAGCGUUGUCUCUGGACCACUUUGAGGCUGGGAUUGCCAAAGGAGCUGGGGUUGAAGAUGUGGACAAAGAGCAAAAGGAAAUGGAGGAAAAGUUGAACCGUGUACGUCGACAAUUUGAAACCACCAAUCCAUGUUCAGGUAUGUACCUUGGGUGCUUUGAAGAUCGUGGUAUGACCUGUGAUGAACUGAAAACGGACUCUAGCACCCCUGGAGCUAGGGACCUGCCCUAUCUAUUCAGCAACCCUCUGGACCCUGCUCUCACCAUUGAGAUAUGUAUCGAUUCCCUGCAGACAGCACGAAUACAGGUAUGCUGGCUUACAGGAGGGGGGUUAUUGUUUCUGUGGCUAUGAGUUUGGCAAGUAUGGACGCUCUAGGACAACUGUAUGUGGUACAUCAUGUACUGGAGACAGUGAGCAGAUCUGUGGGGGAACCUGGGCUAACUCCAUCUAUGUUGUAUAGAGAAACCAAAGAACUACCUAUAUCAACAUUUAGUUCCUUCAAACAGACACACUGAUAUCAAAAUCUCUGGAAAGAUGUACUUUGAUGUACAGAAACACUGUUUUAUAUUUGCUUGCUUGAAUAAACACCUACAUAAUGCAAACCACUGUAUUACUUCAAUGAUCGUCC